CGAUAGUAUUCGGUAGAGUUCGGUUGCAUCAGUUCGCUUGUUCUUAAAAUUUACUUGCGCUCGACCAGUUGCUUCUGUCAGUUUCAGAUUUUUAGGUUAUAAUGGCCGGUACUUUGACGAAGUUUUGUAAAAAUAUAUCGCAGGUGUCCGUCAAACAAGUGCUUCUCCCGUCUUCAACAUGCACGCAAAAAAGAAAUUAUGCUUCUGGAAGAGUAGUGGCCAAAAAUCCAGUGGUCGAGAUGGACGGUGACGAAAUGACGAGGAUCAUAUGGGAGAAAAUAAAGGAAUCUCUAAUUUUCCCAUAUGUUAAAGUAGACUGUCUUUAUUACGAUUUAGGUCUUCCCUACAGAGAUCAAACAGAUGACCAAGUCACCAUAGAUGCUGCUCAUGCCAUUUUAAAACAUAAUGUAGGGAUUAAGUGUGCUACCAUUACCCCAGAUGAGCAAAGAGUCGAAGAGUUCAAACUUAAAAAAAUGUGGCUUUCCCCUAACGGUACCAUAAGAAACAUUCUGGGUGGUACAGUAUUCAGGGAACCAAUUUUAUGUAAAAACAUUCCAAAACUUGUACCUGGAUGGACUAAACCCAUCGUCAUUGGUCGUCAUGCCUUUGGUGAUCAAUACAAGGCUAAGGACUUUGUUGUUACUAAACCAGGAACUGUCGAGUUGGUGUACACCCCAGAUGACGGCAAAGUAGAAAAAUACCCUCUUUAUAAAUACACUGGACCCGGUGUUUGUUUGGGUAUGUAUAACACUGAUGAAAGUAUAACAGCCUUUGCCCACUCAUCAUUCCAAGUUGCCUUGGCCAAAGGCUGGCCUCUAUACUUAUCAACCAAAAAUACCAUUUUAAAGAAGUAUGAUGGCAGAUUUAAGGACAUCUUUCAAGAAAUUUACGAAAAACAUUACAAAUCCCAAUACGAUUCCAAGAAAAUCUGGUAUGAACAUCGAUUAAUUGACGACAUGGUAGCUCAAGGUCUUAAAUCGAAUGGUGGUUUUGUAUGGGCCUGCAAAAAUUAUGAUGGUGACGUUCAAUCUGACAUCGUCGCACAAGGAUAUGGUUCCCUUGGUAUGAUGACAUCUGUACUUAUGUGCCCAGAUGGUAAAACAAUUGAAUCCGAGGCUGCUCAUGGUACAGUUACCAGACAUUAUAGGCAACACCAAAAGGGACACCAGACAUCCACCAAUCCAAUUGCUUCCAUUUUCGCCUGGACCAGAGGUUUGGAACACCGUGGUAACCUGGACGGUACUCAAGAUUUGGUGAAAUUCGCACAAACUUUGGAGAAAGUAUGCGUUGAUACUGUAGAAAACGGUCACUUAACCAAAGAUUUGGCUGCUUCAAUCCACGGAUUGGCUAAUGUUAAAGAAGGAAUGUACUUAAAUACGCAAGACUUUUUGGAUGCUAUUGCAGAGCAGCUCAAAAAGACACAUUCUAAAUUAAAUCCUGCAUCUUAUUAUAUUUGAAACAGUUUUUGUAUAUAUAUUUUUUUCUUCAAAUAUAUAAUUUUUUAACAUGA